CAUUUCUAUAGCGACGGCAGAAAGCUUGUGUGGCUGCAGGGAGUGAGGGAAUACAAACAGCAGGGAGGGCAGCGCGAUAGAAACAGAAGUGCAUAAUGUACACGAGUGAGCAGAAACCAUUAACAAACUCAGAUCUGCUCUCUCGACUGCAUCGUAAGGGAGAGACGUCAGAUGUGUUCCAGAUGGUUUCGCAAAUGAGCAAGAUGCAUAAACUAGAUGUCACUUUGCACCAAGAGACCAGCACUCCGAUGUUUAUUCCAAAACCACCUUCAUUAAGCAUGGAGAAGCGCACGUUGCCUAUCUGUACCUCCAUCUAUAGAGGAGAUAUUAAGAGAAAAGGCAUACAAAGACUCCGAGAGGAGGGUAAAGAAUCCUUCAUAAAACAUAGAAAAGAAUUGUCUGGCAGUGUUUCAUCAGAAACAAAAUCAGAAAAGCUUUGUUUCUAUUGUGAAGGAAUGGAAAGCAAGGAAGGAGAAUUUCCUAUGCUCUCUUCACACCCUGACAAUGAAAACAUUAAAGAGGACAGUGCAGUUGCCUACAUUAUUAAGCUGAGAGAAAAACUGGGCUGGAAAACAGAAUUAUCCAAGACUAUUUUCAAAACAAAAUGGAGUAUGGCUGAGAAGUAUUCCAGUCAGCUACAGGACGCAGUUCCUCGCAAGGAGACAGGAGAAUUUGUUUACUGCCUACCAAGAUGCUGGAAAAAUGCAAAGGCACGAUAUGAUCCCUAUGAUCUCCAUGUGGUUACUGCAGCCACAGCUAUUCAUUCAGACUUGUACUGGACUGUGAGUGCUUCACAGAUCUGUAAGGUAUGUAUGAUGUCUGGAAAGAUGGAUAUGGACAUUGUGCCUGUUACUGAGUGGCUCCACGAGAGACAGAAUUUUUAUGCCAUCAAAGACCUCAAAGUUUUUUCACAUUUCAGACUCUGGAAAGCAUUUACUGUAUGGAAACUGAAUGUUCACAGAAGGAAAACAAAUAACAGCAGAGCAGCCAUAUUGCAGCAGUUGUUCGUUGCUGACGAGGGGUUCCAGGAAUGCUUGCUUUAUAUCAGAGCCUUGUGUGAGGAUGCUCUUAAUGGGCAGCCAGGUUCUACUCAUGGGGAUCUUGCAAUAAGGUUUGUUAAGAUUGACAACCAGCAUACCUAUAAUCUGAAAGAAUUCUGUGCCAUUCAGUCCAAGCAAUGUUCUCUUGCUCUUGCAAAUAUUGGGAUAAUCAGAGAAAAAGCUAUUUCAGCUAUUACACAUACAUUUUUGAAGGCAGCAGAUGGAAAGGGUCUAAAAGAGCUGUUUUCUUCAGAAGACCAGAUUAAGCCCAAAUAUACCAUGCUGACAGAGUGGCAAACUUUAUUGGAUCGCUUUUUUAGAUUCCUGACUCUCAUUGACUGCGUUUUCCAGGAGAUGCUUCGGGAUUUGUCUUUCAGUGCCACACAGACACUUCUGGGAUUCCUAGAACCUUCGUACAGCAUCACUUCCACUGAUGAGAAAAAGAACCAUGGACUAAGUAAUGACGAAGAAGAAACCUGUUUCCCUUCUUCUGAGUCAAUGAACAAAUGUCAAUUGGAUUCAUUUAACAGUGACCAGCAGCACACCAUCACUCAACCAGAUAUUGCCAGAUUACUGAGUGGUAUUAGAAGAAACAUAGAUGGAAAUCUAGAUGCAGCACCCCUGUUUGAAGUAAAUCUAAUACUGAGCAAUCAGAGUAAUACAACAGGUCAUGGUUCCAAACUGGUUGAAAUCUCUAUGCCAGUUGAAGAAUCUCAUUACUCAGGAAAAGAUGUGCUGCUUGAUGAACCAACUCAUUAUACUGCUGAAAAUGCAGAGGAUCUCCUUACUGAAGAUGCAGAGGACUCCGGGGAUGACUGCAAUAAAGGAGAAUUAAAAAGAUGUUUACCAAAAUGUGUGGCUUUGAUCCCUUCAAGAAGUGAAUUUGAAACUCACAUACAGGGGAUUGUGGAUGGCUUUGAGCAAGCAAUAGGUAAAAUUGUGUCAUUCAGCCAAGAGACUCGGCUUUCCAAAUUCUGCUCUCAGCCAUGCAAAGACAAAAAUGUGGGAAAACAAAAGAUAAAUCAGCAACCAUGGCCAAACUGUGAACUGCUUCUUGGAAUGGACCCAGAUUACCAAAACAAUGUAAACAGAAUGAAUUCUAUUGUUUGUGCUGUAAUGGAAGAAGUAGGAAUAUACAGCAGCCAAUUUAGGAAGUUCUGUACCAUGGUGGAAGCAGCUGAGAGUGUGAUGAGCAGAAUGAGAGCAGUUUUGCUGGCAGAACUGGUACCUGCUGACUACAGAAACAUUCUGGCCAUGUUUAAAGGUUAUAUUUCAGAGUGUAAAGAAAUGAACAUUGAGGCUCGUGUGCGGGCUAUCCAGGUCAGAAGCUUGGACUAUCAGGCCCAUUGCCUGCAACAUUUUGAAGCUGUAAUAGAGCUGAUCAAUUCAACCUUGCCUGUGAGAGCUCACGCCAGGAAUAUUCAGCUACUAGAAGUCAUACACAAUGCACUGAGAAAGCUGAACAAAGAUCUGAGAGGUGUGGAGGAAUUUGUGGAACACCUAACAUUUCUUGGGCAGAUUUCCUCUGAGGUUCCAUCUCUGGAAAGAGAGUACAGUACCAUAAUGCAGCUCUAUUCUAUUGCUAAUGAGUACAGCAUUGCUAUUUCUCCAGAGGAGACAGCCCACUAUCAAAGUCUCAUUCCCAGCUUCCAGCAGCUAAAGUCAGCCAUUCUUUUCUAUGAAGCGAAAAAAGAUGAGAAUAUUGUUCGGUUCAGUGGGGAUCUUGACAAAUAUAUAUCCCAAUUGCACUUGGAGUUGAUAGAGUUCAAGGUCAAGGUGAGAAACCCACUUCUUCUUCAGGGAGAUAUAUUUCCACGGAAAGCCUUGGAAAUUAUAAGGACUCUGCUGGAAGAGUUUGAAGUCCUGGCUAAUAAAGCCAGGUGUUACUCCAGCUACCAGGAACGCUUUGGAAGCUCUGUCACCCACAUGAAAGCCCAGUUACUGGAUGAACUGCUAUCUCAAAAGAACAUGAAAGGAGUAAUCACAAGUGAGACCAUAAAUGCUGAGCUCUCAGAAACAGAGAACGAUUUAAAUCUGAGAAAACUCCUUUGGGAAUCCAAAGAAGAAUGGGUGAAGCUGUCUACGGAGUGGAAACAUACAGCGUUUGAGCUUCUAAAUGUGGAUGUGAUCCAAAGGGAUGUAAAUAGGUUCAAUCAUACAUUAUUCAUCCUUGAGAAAGGCUUGCCUGCAAAUGAGGUUGUAGCAAGACUCCGGGAAUCGGUUAUGGACUUUAGACAAAAUUUACCAAUUGUUGUAGCGUUAAGUAAUCCUUGUCUAAAACCAAGGCACUGGGACACUAUCCAGUUCACUACCGGGAGAUCAAUUCAUAAGGAAAAGAACUUUACACUAGAAAACCUACUGGAACUGAAGAUAUUUCACCAUAAAGAUAAAAUAAUUGAGACUUCUACCACAGCUACAAACGAGGCCACUCUGGAAGGCAUGCUAAACAAAGUAAUUAGUCUCUGGAACAGGACGGAAUUCAAAUUAACUCCACACAAGAGUGAACUUUCUGAAAUUCUGAUUGUUGCCUGUGCAGAAGAAAUAGUGAGUCAGAUAGAAGAGUCCCAGGUUAUCAUUUCUACAGUAAAGGGCUCACGCUAUGUGGCACCAAUUAAGAAUACAGUUGACGAGUUGGAUCGAAAGCUCAGUCUCUUCCUGCGUACUAUGGAGGAGCUCAUGAUUUGCCAGAGGAAUUGGCUAUACCUGGAGCAGAUCUUUCUUGCUUCUGACAUUCAAAGGCAACUCCCAGCUGAAGCCAGGAUUUUCUUUCAAGUGGACAGUUCUUGGAAAGAGAUAAUGGAAAAUAUUAAAGACAGGCCCAGUGCCCUUAGAGCUGCCAUUGCACCUGGCCUUCUGGAAGUUUUGCAGAACAACAACGCUCACCUUGAGAAAAUCCUGAAAUGCCUGGAGGACUUUCUUGAAAUUAAGAGAAAGGUGUUUCCAAGAUUUUACUUUCUUAGUAACGAGGACCUUCUGGCAAUAUUGUCUGAAAGCAAGAACCCAGAUGUUGUUCAGCCUCAUCUUGUCAAGUGCUUUGAGAAUAUCAGACAUUUAGACAUCACAUUUCCAAUAAAAAGCCCUCCUGUGGUUGUGAAGAUUAGAUCCGCAGAGGGAGAAACAAUUCACAUGCCCAACAACAUCCGAAUCCGUGGCCCAGUGGAACAGUGGCUGGGAAAUGUGGAGAGUAGUAUGUUUGAUAUUGUGAAGAAACUUGUAAAACUCGGUGUCAUGGACUGGGGGCAAUCAGAAUUUAAGAAAUGGAUGCUCAGUCACACAGGGCAGGUGGUUCUCCUAGUGAGCCAAAUCAUGUUUAACAAGGAAUGUGUGAGAAGCUUUCAUUCUGAAGAUCCAGAGAAAGAGCUGAGACUUGUCCAUGAAAAUUUGAUACAGCAUUUGGGGCAGCUAGCAGAUAUGGCUUUUGAUAUCCCUCUUCUUCAUCAGAAGACCACUCUGGAAGCCUUACUCACGCUUUAUGUGCACUGCAGAGAUGUAUUGACCGAAUUAAUAAAGAAGAAAGUGUUUAAGUCGGAUGACUUUGAAUGGACAAGACAGCUACGAUACCAGUGGAAUGAAAACAAUAACACUUGUUAUGCGGUGCAAGGGAACGCCACAUUCCAUUAUGGCUACGAGUACUUGGGGUGCUCUUCCCGCCUGGUUAUUACACCCCUUACUGAUCGCUGCUGGCUGACGCUGACAGGUGCUUUACAUUUACAUCUCGGAGGGUCACCGGCUGGACCAGCUGGUACUGGGAAAACUGAAACAGUCAAAGAUCUUGCUAAAGCUUUGGGAAAGCACUGUGUGGUCUUCAAUUGCUCAGAAGGCUUGGAUUAUAAGAUGAUGGGGAAAUUCUUCUCUGGAAUGGCUCAGUCUGGUGCCUGGUGUUGCUUUGAUGAGUUCAACAGGAUUGAUAUUGAAGUCCUUUCUGUAAUUGCUUCGCAGAUCCAUGCAAUCAAGACAGCUAAGGAUAGCCAAGUCAUGAGGUUUGUAUUCGAGGGAAGAGAAAUGCGGCUAAAUAUGUCCUGCGGAGUCUUUAUUACCAUGAAUCCAGGAUAUAAAGGUCGGGUGGCGCUCCCAGACAAUCUGAAAUCCCUUUUUAGGCCAGUGGCCAUGAUGGUGCCAGACUACCAGCUCAUAGCGGAAAUAAUGCUCUUCUCUGAAGGUUUCAAAGCAGCAAAGUCGCUCUCUGGCAAAUUGGUGAACCUGUACCAGCUGGCAAGCAAGCAGCUUUCUCAACAGAAUCAUUAUGAUUUUGGAAUGAGAGCCAUCAAGACAGUGCUAGUAAUGGCUGGUCAGAAGAAACAAGACUUGGAAUUGGGAGGAAAGCACAUGAGGCUCUCUCCUGCUGAGGAAUCACUGAUAGUGAUCAGGGCUUUAAAAGAAGCUAAUCUGCCCAAGUUUUUAGCUGAAGAUGUCCCACUCUUUGAAAACAUUAUGGCUGAUCUGUUCCCAGGAGUAGUCAUUGAGAAAGCGGAUACCAAGAGACUGGAGAAAGCAAUAUCCAUGGCAAGUAAUGAAUUAGGUUUGCAGCCCUGGGAGACUCAGGUGGAGAAGGUCAUACAGUUUCAUAAUCAGAUUGUGGCACGUCAUGGAGUCAUGUUGGUGGGUCCUGCUGGUGGAGGAAAGACCACUGUUAGAAGAAUAUUGGAAAAGGCCUUAAUGUAUUUGCCUUCCCUACCUGCUGAAAAAAACUCAUCCCAGAAUAUCUUAAAGAAAGGCAAAGUGGAGACCUUUACUAUAAAUCCAAAGUGUGUGACCCUCGGAGAACUGUAUGGGGAAGUCAACCCAAAUACCAUGGAGUGGACUGAUGGACUGUUGGCUUUAGCAGUUCGUACUGUUUCCCAGCAGCGAUCUAAAGUGUAUGCCAAAGAGAAGCCACAAGAAACCAUUAACAGGCCAACAUCAGCUUCUUCUGCAAAUCAGGCUGAUGGGAAUAGUUUGGGAAAUGAUAUUACCAAAUCCACAUACUUGGCUGAAAAUGAAGAAUAUUUAGAAAAACAUCAAGAUUUAGCUCAACAUCACUCCAGAGCUAUCUCGAUCCAUGACUGGAACUGGAUUGUACUGGAUGGUCCUGUUGACACUGUUUGGGUGGAAAAUCUAAACACUGUGCUAGAUGAUACAAGGACACUUUGUUUAGCUAACAGCGAACGAAUCCAACUCCCACAAGGAAUGAGAAUUAUUUUUGAAGUGGACAGUCUGUCCCAGGCAAGCCCGGCUACUGUCAGCAGAUGUGCUAUGGUGUAUAUGGAUCCUGUGGAUUUGGGAUGGAAGCCCUUUGUAAAGACUUGGCUAAACCAAAUAUCUGCUAAAGUUCCCCACUCCGGCGUAAAGUACCUGGAAAAUCUCUUCACAAUGAGUGUACCAGAGGGACUUAAAUUCAUACACAAACACCGGAAGAUGCAGCCGUUCCCUGUGCAGGAGCUGGGAGUUGUUAUGACCCUGUGCAAAAUUCUUGAGGCCUUUAUAGAUUUUAUGAGCAGGAAUGGAGGCUUUGGCCACAUAAAAGAGGUGAUCCCAGAGGAACAGCUCCCUGUAUCUCCAAAUAUGCUUCCUCCCAGAGAAGUGGGGACUCCUGAUAGGUCAAACACUGCAAGUUUAAGUGUCAGCUCAAUAACAAGGAGAGAUCAAAAAUGGUUCUUAGAAAAGUAUCCUGAAAAACUCUCCCCUCUCCUUGGAAAACUCUAUGUAUUUGCCUUCACUUGGGCCUUCGGGGGAGUUUUAAAAAGGGAAGAUGAGCAUGAAGGAGAUGCUCUCAUUGGGAUUAAGGUCAGAGAUGAGACUUUGGUGAACCUAACAAAUGAUUUCAGCAACUUUGUCCAUGACAUGUUUGAAGGAGAUCAGCGCUUUGGAAUUCAGAUGCCUUUGGGACAAGACUCAGUCUUCAGCUACUUUGUGGAUUUGCAGACGGGAAAUUUUGUGCCGUGGCAUUACUUAGUCCCCUCCACAGAUUCUCUAAUUCAGAGAGGAAGCCUCCUGCACGCAGAUUUCAGCUUAUCUGACACAUUAAAAGCCAGUGACUCAGGAGGGGGCGCUCUGCACGAGUUUAUACCCACGGUGGAUAGCGUGAGAUAUUCUUUUCUAACCAGCCUGCUGCUCCUGCACAAACAACCUGUGCUCAUCACAGGAGAAUCUGGUGUUGGGAAAUCUGCACUAAUCCAGAACAUGUUCCAGAGGAUCCGGAAGCCUGGUGGCCUUGCAGGAAAUGCCGGCACUGUACUCGGAGAUGUAUUUUUAUUCAAUGAAUCUAGAAAAAUAAGUCUCAUGCACAGCAUAAACUCUCUAACAGCUGGAUCAGUAAGGGACGACAGCUUGUCUGGGACUGCCGAAGACUUUGAUGGGUCGCUGAUUGGAGCUGAGGGCUGGAUAUCUGCCAGGGAACAAGGGUACCUAAGAACAAGCCAGCUAAUUGUUUCAACAGUGCAAUUAGGAGCCCAUACAACGUCUGCCAGACUUCAGGCCCAAAUUCAGAAUAAUUUAAUGAAAAAAAGUCGGGGUACACUAGGAGCUCCUAAACACAAAAAGGUGGCUGUGUUUAUUGAUGACCUUAACAUGCCCAUACCGGAACAGUAUGGUGCCCAGCCCCCCCUUGAAUUUCUUCGGCAGUUUUUGGAUCUUGGUGGGUUUUAUGACACACAGACACUUACCUGGAAGAAUGUUCGGGACCUCUCUCUGCUUGCUGCAUGUGCGCCACCUGGUGGAGGGAGAAAUGAGAUCAGUCCACGUCUUCUAAAACACUUUUGUCUGUUUGUCUUGCCUCAUCCGUCAGUGCAUGCACUGCAGCACAUCUUCCAGGUUCCACUCGGCUCCUUUCUGCAGAGCAAUAACUUUUUGGCUGAAAUCCAGAAAUGCAGAGAUUUAUUAACUUCCUCCGCAAUCGCCAUUUACUUAAAGAUGUGCAGCAGCAUGCUCCCCACCCCAGCCAAAUGUCACUACACUUUUAAUUUAAGGGAUUUGUUUAAGGUACUUCAAGGGCUGCUUCAGGCUAAUGAGUCUGUAAUGGUAACAAAGGACAGUGCUGCGCUGCUCUUACUGCACGAGGCCACACGUGUCUUUCACGAUCGUCUGACCCAGCCCACGGACAGAGCGCAGUUUUUUCAGUUUCUUUCCGAUGAGCUUCAUAAUUAUUUCAAGAUUUCCUGGCCCAAGGAGAAACUGAUGCAGGAUGCAGUUCAGUUUGCCGACUUUCUGGACACGAGUAAAACCAAAAUUUAUCGACCUGUGUCCAACCAUAAAAAGCUUAUAUCCAGGCUGGAGGAGUAUCGAAUAAAAAUGAAAAUGAGUUCAGCUAACCCAUCUAACACUUACAUUUUCUUUGAUGAAGCUGUUCAGCACAUCAUUAGAGCUGCAAGAGUGUUCAGACAGCCAGGCGGCCAUAUGAUGCUGGUUGGACUGGAUGGAACAGGGAAGGUAACCAGUGCCUCAAUGGCCAGCUACAUAGCAGAGUGUGAACUCUACCGACUGUCUAUCACUCAAAGUUACAGCCAUGAUGACUUCAGAGAGGAACUCAAGAAAGUGUUCAAAAAAACAGGAUUAUUGGGGAAAAACACAGUAUUUCUCCUGACUGGGGCAGACAUAGUCCAGGAUUCCUUUCUGGAAGAUCUAAACUGCCUCCUUAACUCAGGGGAGGUUCCUGAUCUGUUUGACAAGGAAGAACUUGAUGGUCUGUUCGUGGAAUUCCAGUCUGCAGCCCCAGAACUUGCCCAGUCCCAGAGUCCACAAUCAUUGCUUUCUUUCUUCCUGCAGAGGGUGCAAUGCAAGCUCCAUAUAGUACUGGCACUGAGCCCAGCAGGGAACACCUUCAGGGAGUACUGCCGCUCUCACCCAUCUCUGGUAAACUGCUGCACAAUUGAUUGGUACGAUGAGUGGCCCGAGGAGGCUCUCCUGAAUGUGGCCAAGAGCUACACCUUACAAGAGGACAUGCUACAGAAUAAUCAGGAGUUAAGAGACAGUGUUUCCCAGAUGUGUGUUAAUAUUCACAAGAGCGUGUCACAAAGGACUGAGCGGUAUCUGCGAGAGACCCGGCGCCACUACUAUGUUACCCCCCAGAAUUACUUGGGAUUCAUUGACACAUUUUCAAAGAUCCUGCACUCAAAGAAACAAACUGUCCUGACAGACAGAUUCCGGUUUUUCACUGGACUCUCCAAGCUGCUGGGGGCAGCGGAUUCCAUUGAAGCGAUGCAGCAGGAGUUAGUAGCAUUGGGACCCCAAAUAGAACACAAAACUCAGGAAAUAGAAACUCUCAUUGCAAAAGCCCAGAAAGACUCAGUUGUGGUGGAGCAGGUCAGAGCUAUAGUAGCCCAAGAAGAAGAAGUUAUGGCUGCGGAGACAAAGAUUGUACAAGAUUAUGCUGAGCAAGCUGUACAAGAACUUAAUGACGUACUCCCUGCCCUGCAAGAGGCGGUGUCUGCUCUUGAUGCCUUGGACAAAGGGGACAUCUCAGAAGUCAAAGUCUACACUCAUCCUCCCUUCCUGGUGCUGACUGUAAUGAAUGCAGUUUGUGUGUUGCUGCAGAAGAAACCUGACUGGCCUACUGCAAAACUCUUACUUGCAGAUCCAGGAUUUCUCAAGAGAUUGGUCAGCCUAGACAAAGACUGUAUACCUGAAAAGGCUUUUCUGAAGCUUAAGAAAUUUUCCAAAACACCUGAUUUUAACCCCCAGAAGGUGGGAAUGGUAUCCAGUGCUUGUCGUUCUCUCUGUCAGUGGGUUUUAGCCCUAGAACACUAUCAUGAUGUGAAAAAGAUGGUGACUCCUAAACAAAAACACGUGGCUGAAGCUCAAGAGGCCCUUGGACUUGCACAGGAGCGGCUGAAGCAUAAGCAGAGAAGUCUGGCCAUGGUGGAAGAGCAUCUCCAGCUGAUACAAAAGCAGUACAAUGAAAGUGUAUCAGAGAAAGAGCUAAUGGCUCAUCGCAAGAAGCUGACCACAGAGAGGUUACAGAGGGCUUCUGUGCUGAUCUCUGCUUUGGCAGAGGAAAAGAUCCGAUGGAAGGAAUCAGUAGACAGACUUGACCUUGCAAUGGAAGGCAUUAUUGGAGACACCCUUGUUUCUGCGGCAUUUAUUGCAUAUUGUGGAGCGUUUACCUCAGAGUAUCGGGAAAAACUUGUAGAGGAAUGGCUAGAAGAUUGCAGAACCUACAAGAUCCCUCUGUCUGGAGAUUACUCGAUCAUCAGAGCAAUGGCCUCAGAGAAUGAGGUGCGACAGUGGCAGAAUGAAGGUUUGCCUUUAGAUCCGUACUCCACUGAAAAUGCAAUACUGGUUAAGAAUAGCCAUCGUUGGCCGCUCUUUAUCGAUCCUCACGGCCAAGCGUGUAAGUGGAUUUGUCAAAUGGAAGGUACCAAGCUGAGACAAGUGCGCGCAUCUGAUGACAACUAUCUGCAGAUAAUGGAGAAUGCCAUGCGCCUUGGAGAAGCUGUUCUCUUGCAGGAUGUUGCAGAAAAAUUGGACCCCAGUCUUAAGCCCAUAUUAGGAAAAGAAAUAUUUCGAAGAGCAGGGCAAGAUUUCAUCAAGAUAGGGGAUUCUGAAAUCGAAUACGACCAAAACUUUAGACUGUACAUGACCACACAGGCACCUCAUGCACAUUUUCUGCCUGCUGUCUGUAUAAUGGUAACAAUGAUAAACUUCACAGUAACAUUUAAAGGACUGCAAAAUCAACUCCUGUCUAGUGUUGUGACUCAUGAGCAACCCCACCUAGAAGAGCAGCGCUGCCAGUUACUGGAGAGCAUCGCUUCCGAUGCCUGCACACUCCGGGAACUAGAGGAAAAGUCUCUCAGCCUGCUGCAGAAAACCCAAGGCCACUUGCUAGAUGAUGAAGACCUGAUUGACAAUCUGAAAAAAUCCACGAUGAAAUCAAAGGAUGUACAGAAGAGGAUUGAGGACUCUGCUAAAACCGAAGCCACCAUAGAAGCAGCACGUGGGACCUACCUUCCUGUUGCCAAGAGAGGAGCCAUUCUCUAUUUUGUUGUGGCUGAUCUCAUCCAUCUGAACUACAUGUACCAGUUCUCCCUGCAGUGGUUCCACCAGAUCUUUGUAGAGUCUAUGGAGGCUGCGGGGUGUUCUCCAGCACCAACAUCACUGGGGUCUUCAGCUGGAACCAUCCGACCCCAGAGCAAGCAGAGAAGCACAGACAGACAGACUGGCCCCAAUGAAGAGCUUAACAUUGACAAUGAUAGAAGGAAAAACCACAUAAACAACAUUAUUGACACUUUGACAGAGAACAUAUACAAGAUUGUUUCCUGCGCGCUGUUCACUGAGCAUCAGCUCUGCUUCUCCUUCACUCUGACUGUCAACAUCAUGAGAAACAGCAGUGGCAGCAACAGCAGGGAACCCUCCGGUGACAGUUUGGGAUUUGUCCCCAGUGCAGACUGGGAGUUCUUCUUGCACUCGCGGCUUCUUGCAGACACCAUGGGCAGUGAGGCAGAUUCCCAGGCUACAGAAAUGAGGGACGAGGAGCCAGUGUGUCAUAUUCCUGGGUGGCUCUCACAAUCCACAUGGAGACAGUGUCAGUACCUGGCCUCCCACAUGGAGCCAUUUGCAUUACUUUGUGAAUCUCUGUCAUCCAACACCCAACAGUGGAGAUCCUUCCAAAGCAGUGGGAAUCUGUACGAGUUCCUGAGUGAUUCCUUCCUUCCUCCUGCUCUUCAAUCCCAGAGAGAUGGAGCCCAAUCAACAAACACAGAGGAAAUGCCUUCCGAGCCAAUUAUAUUUAAAUGGGAGGAGCUGUCUGCUUUCCACAAACUGAUCUUAAUUAAGGUUCUCCGGCCAGAGUGUUUGAUAAGAGCCAUACGAGAAUUCAUAGCUGAGAAAAUGGGGAUGAAAUAUCUUCAGAGUGGAAGAGUAAAUCUAAAGGAGACCCUUGAAGAAUCCACAGCAAGCCGCCCGCUCAUCUUUAUUCUUUCCUCCGGUAUCGACCCUGCAGGACAGCUUGAGCGUCUGGCGCUGGAGACCCGUGGGAGCACCCUACAUCUGGACAUGAUCUCUCUGGGCCGGGGUCAGGGAGCCAAGGCGGAGGAACUCAUCCAUAACGCUCACAGGCUGAAGGGAAGAUGGGUUUUCCUACAGAACUGCCACCUCGCUGCCUCCUUCAUGCCAAAGCUUUGUAAGAUUGUGGAGAAACUUGCGCAGCAGAACAGCAUGACUGACCCUCAGUUUAGAUUGUGGUUAAGCUCCAAGCCUGACCCAUCCUUCCCCAUUCCCAUCCUGCAAAGGGGUUUCAAGAUGGCAGUUGAGCCACCACAGGGACUCAAGGGCAAGUUGCUGCAGACAUUCGAUAACAACGGCACAGGGAUGAUAACGGAGAAGAUCUUUGAGAGAGAUGAUAGAGGACCAUCAUGGAAGAAACUUCUGUUCAGUCUUUGCUUCUUCAACGCCAUAGUGAAUGAAAGAAGAAAGUAUGGAGCGCUGGGCUGGAAUAUCCUCUAUGAGUUUACUCCCUCGGAUCUAGAGGUGUCGGUGCAGAUGUUGGGGAUGUUCAUGGAGGGGCACAACGAGGUUCCAUGGCAAGCGGUGCAUUACCUCACUGGAGAAGUUGUAUAUGGAGGACGUGUGACCGAUUCCUGGGACCGCCGCUGUCUGCUAAGCAUUCUGGGUAACUUCUACAGCCCAGCCGUGCUACAGGAAAACUACUCCUUCUCCAGCGAUAACGUGUAUCGAUCACUGCCAGUUGGGGCUACGCUUGAAGAGUGCAGAGCUCACCUGGAGUCUUUCCCAGACACAGACUCCCCAGAGGUAUUUGGGAUGCACCCGAAUGCAGAGAUAUCGUCCCUCCAAUCCCAGGCUCAGCUCUUACUUGACACUGUAGUCAGUAUGGAAUCCAGGAUUGGCGUGGGACACGCGGCACAUAGAGGUGAGGAACAUCAGGAGGUCACAUUACUGCAGAUCAUCUCAAACAUCCGUAACGUGUUACCGCAGACAGUGGAGGGGAAACCCUUUCAAGACCGGGCAUCCCAAGGAACUGACACCAACACUACCCUUAGUCUUCUGUUUUCUGACCCUCGUUGGGAGACCCUCGUCAAAACAACUAAAGGUUAUGAUCCACUCAUUAACUCUGCACUUGUGAUAGUCCUACGGCAAGAGACAGAUCGGUUUAAUCAGCUGCUUUCAGUCAUACACGGCUCCCUACAUGCCUUGCAGCAGGCCAUCACAGGGGAGAUUAUCUUAACCAAACAACUUGAGGAAGUUCAGAGCUGUCUAGUUAACCUUAAAGUGCCAGCGCUAUGGCAGCAACAUUCCUAUGAAUCCUGUAAGCUGCUGGGCUCAUGGGUGGAUGAUCUUGUUCAGCGAGUCAAAUUUUUUGCCACGUGGGCCAAUCGGGUUGUCCGAUCCGUAAUGGAAAGGUUUCCUCAGCUGCCUACAAAGUUCAUCAAUUCCAGACCUAAUUCUUCUCAACCAGCAAAGAGCCCUGAUCCAACUUCUCCAGCAGGGACCGAGCAGCCAACCAGCUUCUGGCUUUCUGCAUUCUUUUUCCCACAAGGAUUCCUAACGGCAGUGCUGCAAAACCAUGCUCGCAUGAAACAACUGUCUGUGGACUCGCUCACUUUCCAGCACCGAGUCCAACAUUCCCCGAGUCUGGAGGCAAAUAUAAACCACAAUAUAAUAGAGACGGCAUUCAGUGGUUGUUCUGCGCUUGAAGAAGGGAUUUCGGUCUUUGGUCUGUUUUUGGAUGGUGCUCGGUGGAAUGGAGACUCCCAAUGCCUGGAAGAAGCAGGACAUCUGUGCCGAUUUGAUUUACUGCCUCCGAUUCAUUUCAUACCACAAACGAUUGAAGACCAUAAAGAAAACGGAUCAGAUGCAGAGAACAAGUGGUACAGUUAUCAGUGCCCCAUUUAUAGGACUUCCCAAAGGGCAGGGACAUUAUCCUCGACUGGCCUGUGCUCUAACUUUGUGACUGCCGUCUCUUUGCCGACCCUGCUGCACCCCGACCAUUGGAUCCGGAGAGGAGUUGCACUUCUGUGUCAGACAAAUGAAUAAGCCCGGCCAAACUCGUUGACUUCUCAAGGGGCAGUUAUAGGUGCACAGUUGUAUCAAUAAAUAAAAUGGAUCUGGGCGUUACAACUGUCAUGUUUCUGCUGGGAUUUGAAGUUCAACUCCAGCAUGAAAAGUAUCUGGUAAACAAAAUUUCUCCCAUCUUUUCAUAUUCCAGGAGGUUGGGGCAGCAGCUGCCUUCAUCUUUAAAGAAAAAAAUUGUUAAUAUACAUUGAAAAAAAAACCAGAGACAAAUUAAACUUUAAAUUCGCAAAGUCUUUAUUAAGAAAUAACUUUUCGAUUCCCUGCUUGCGCUUCAGAAAAGGGCGAAGAUCAAUCAUGCGUCACUCGAUUUCUCCUCCCUGGCUAUCUCCUACAAGGAAGGCAGGGAGGAGAAAUCGAGCGCAGCAC